AUGAUAUUAUAUUGGAAAAUGGCUUGGUUCUUCCUCAAGCGUAUGCCCAAGGUAAUUUCCCUGGUGCUUAAUUUAAUUACAAUUUUUCUCACAGUUUUUCUACUCAUGGGAUGUUCCAAUUUAUCCAAUGAUUCGACUUUCUUAGUCCGUUAUAAAUUUGAUAGAAGUUCACCAUUUUACAAUGUAAUUCAAAAAUCGUUUAACCAAUCUAAUGGUACUACACAAAUGUCGGGCUUGGAGCAGGUCAGUAUUGCAUCCGGAUACAUGGGCGUUUGUAUAACGAAUAUUCCGAAGGACUACGAUAAAGGCGUGAAGUCUGUAUGUUACCCAAGAAAAGAUCUGGCAAACAAUCCACUUUAUAACGAUUUAUCCAUUGAAUUGUUUAAUGUUCCUUCCUCUGAUAAGAAGAGUACUCAGAAGCAAUUGCCCAUUAACUUGAACAUUUUAGAAUUGGCUGAGACCACUUCUAGAUAUGUGGUGCAUCCAUACAUUUUAAUGGUCACGGUAAUUUUGGCAACGCUCAUGUUUCUCAUGUUAAUAUACAGUACGAUUCCCGCUCUGCCGUUUAAAUAUUGGGUAUUACGUGCUACUUUGUGUGUAUCAGCUUUUUUGGUUUUAUUCUGGGGGAUUGGCGCGAUGUGGACCCAUGUGGGUAUUCAUGCUUGUUCCAAGCUCGUUCCCAGUGCAAGCAUGGGCAUAUUGAAAAUCCACAGAGGUAUAAAGGCGGCUGCAAUGUCGUGGGUCUCGUUCGCAUUUUUGUUAGCACAAUUAGGAAUAUUAUGGUUUCUGUACUUGAGGGAUAGGAAAAAUCUAAGUGAAGAAAUCGACAAAAUCAAUAAUACCAAUAACAACCAACCACCUUUCCAUAAUCCUGGGGAUCUUUCUGAUUCCUCGACAUUGAACUACAAAGUUUAA